ACGGACAGCCCAGAUGGGGUCCAGCUUAGUGCCCUGGGCUCCCCGCCGAUGCCUUAUCCAGGCUGGGUGUCCCCAGCAUCUUGGGACCUAAAUUUGUGUAAGCUGGGGUGCUUCCCAGGCCUGGAGGGUCCCUCCGGCAGGCCCACGGUGCCCCCGCUUUGCAUCAGGACCCCCCCCUCGGAUGCUCUGAGCCACCCUCCUCAACCCGGAUCUAAAACCCGGGACACAGCUAUCAGGCCAGCCUCUCUCUCCACCCCACCCCCUCUUUCUGGCGUCCAUCCCCUCCCCAACUCCACCUCUGCUGCUGCCUCUGGCUGUGGACCUGCACCUCUUCCCCAUCCCCGACAGGCCUGGGGAUCGAGGUGAGCCUGGAUGAGAGCUCCCACAACCUGGGGCUCUCCCAGGCCAUGGCCCGAGUGCUCCCAGGGAGGAGCCCCAGACCCUGAGCAUCUGCUGGAGGCUUGGCAGAGGCCCCGCGGGGACCGUGUCUUCUGAGGACAAAAGGCGGCGGCCAGCGGGCAGACAGGGAGGGGGAAGGGGGGACCGGCAGCCAGGUGGGCAGACGGGUAGCAGGGGCCAGUGCUGGCCCCCCUCCCAGCUUGGCGGUGGCGUGAAGAUGGGGGUGGGAGUGUGUAGUUGGGGAAGCACCUGCCUGGACCCCCACCUGCCAGCUAGCUGGGCACCCCAAGGCUGUGUGCUGCCCACCUGGUGUUCCCCAACACCCCCAGCCCUGCCCAGUGCACUCCUUCAGUGCCUGCUUCCCCUGAUGUCUGCGAUUUAGACCAGCCCGGCUGUAUCCACGGCAACAGAAGCAGGAAUGUCACUGGCUGCCAGCUCACGGAGGGUCCCACAAUGUGGCCUGGGCUGUGAUUUAUCCUGAGUGAGACAGCUUGAGCCCCCUCCCUCGAUUCCAAGACAGCCCUGCUGAGAGAGCCAAGGUGCAGCCCAGCAGGACAACUGAUGGAGUCCCCCGGGGCCCAUCGAGCACCGGACUGGCUGACCCCAUAGGGUUGGGAGCAGCCCCUGCCCCUCAGUAUGGCCAACACCACUGGAGAGCCCGAGGAGGUGAGCGGCGCACUGUCUCCACCAUCAGCAUCGGCUUACGUGAAGCUGGUGCUGCUGGGACUGAUCAUGUGCGUGAGCCUGGCGGGCAAUGCCAUCUUGUCCCUGCUGGUGCUCAAGGAGCGUGCCCUGCACAAGGCUCCUUACUACUUUCUGUUGGACCUGUGCCUGGCUGAUGGCAUACGCUCUGCCGUCUGCUUCCCCUUUGUGCUGGCUUCUGUGCGCCACGGCUCCUCAUGGACCUUCAGUGCGCUCAGCUGCAAGAUUGUGGCCUUUAUGGCUGUGCUCUUUUGCUUCCAUGCGGCCUUCAUGCUGUUCUGCAUCAGCGUCACACGCUACAUGGCCAUCGCCCACCACCGCUUCUACGCCAAGCGCAUGACACUCUGGACAUGCACAGCUGUCAUCUGCAUGGCCUGGACCCUGUCUGUGGCCAUGGCCUUCCCACCUGUCUUCGACGUGGGCACCUACAAGUUCAUCCGUGAGGAGGACCAGUGCAUCUUUGAGCAUCGCUACUUCAAGGCCAAUGACACGCUGGGCUUCAUGCUUAUGUUGGCUGUGCUCAUGGCAGCCACACAUGCUGUCUAUGGCAAGCUGCUCCUCUUCGAGUAUCGUCACCGCAAGAUGAAGCCCGUGCAGAUGGUGCCAGCCAUCAGCCAGAACUGGACAUUCCAUGGUCCUGGGGCCACCGGCCAGGCUGCUGCCAACUGGAUCGCUGGCUUUGGCCGUGGGCCCAUGCCACCAACCCUGCUGGGUAUCCGGCAGAAUGGGCAUGCAGCCAGCCGGCGGCUGCUGGGCAUGGACGAGGUCAAGGGUGAAAAGCAGCUGGGCCGUAUGUUCUACGCAAUCACACUGCUCUUCCUGCUACUCUGGUCACCCUACAUUGUGGCCUGCUACUGGCGAGUGUUUGUGAAAGCCUGUGCCGUGCCCCACCGUUACCUGGCCACCGCUGUUUGGAUGAGCUUCGCCCAGGCUGCCGUCAACCCGAUCGUCUGCUUCCUGCUCAACAAGGACCUCAAGAAGUGCCUGAGGACUCAUGCCCCCUGCUGGGGCACAGGAGAUGCCCCGGCGCCUAGAGAACCCUACUGUGUCAUGUGAAGCAGGCUGGUAGGCAGACAGGCAGGGAGAAAGUCAGGGCCACCAUGAUGGGGCCAACAGAAGGGGAGAGGUGGGGCUCCAUAACAGGAGCCUUUCUUUCUGAGCUCCAGCCCCAGCCCCUCGAACCACCUGGAAUCUAGGUACCUUUGUCAGCACCUCCCCAGGGUUGGGGACUGGGUGGGGGACUAGGAAAGAGGCAUUUCUAGUUCUGUGGGGCCCGUCUCCGCCACCUCCUUCUCCACUUCUACAAUCUCUCUCUCUCUCUCUCCCUCUCUCUCUCUCUCUCUCUCUCUCUCUCUCACUCUCUCUCUCUCUCUCUCUCUCUCUCUCUCUCUCUCUCUCUCUCGCACACACACACACACACACACACACACA